CAUAUCUGACAGUUCUCACUCCUUACGGACACACCCCUGUGACCCAAGUCACACUCAUCAUCCUCCUCUCCCCUCUUCCUUUCUCACACACUUCGGAUGUAACGCCUCCCCCCGAGAAUGGCAACCGCCGCCGCCGCCACUCCUUCUGCUCCUCCACCGCUGCCUGGCAGCCAUGGAAUUAGGGUGGAAGAUUGGAAACAAAUAGAUAUCAGCCAGCUCUCCCAGUCGGAAUUGCAAGCCCUUUCUUUGUGCUCGGACUCGGCCUUCCACGUUAGCUGUACGGACGAUGUUGUGUCCCCACACCUCGAUCGAUCACUCUUCAACGAGUCCGCCGCCAGCCGCCGCCAGACCUACUCACGCCUCCACCACCGUUCACACUCCCGCUUCCCUGGUCUUCACCCCUCCCUUAAACCCCACCGUCAUCCCCACUCUUCCUCCGAUCCAGUAAGCCAUUCUAUUGUUCACUUCCUCAAACACUAUCUCAACGGCAACCACAAUCCUCCUCCUCCUCCUCCGCUGCCGCCGGUAUCGCUGGAGGAAGCGACGAAAUCUGUGGCGCCGCCUGCUAUGGACUUAGGGUUUCCAGGGUUACAGGAGAAAUUGAAAAUUAAGCGCAAAAGGGCGAGGAAAAACAAGAACUUGAAUAAAAAGACGCUUUUGGAGAAUGGAGUUGGGAUGGAGCUACAGCAGGUGAAUGGAAAAGGUGAGAUGGUGGAUUUUGUGGAAUUAGAGAGGAAUGGGGAUGAGUUGUACAGCGAAGACUUGAAGAGGAGGACCGUUGGCUUGGAGACCGAAGAGGGUGUUUUGGGGUUUUUGUGGGGUUUGGAGGGACAGUGGUGUAGCAGGAGGAAGAAGAGGAAGUAUGUGGAUGCUGGUGUGUUUGGAGAUGCACUACCUAUCGGCUGGAAACUCUUGCUUGGUCUCAGGAGACGUGACUACCGUGUCUCUGUUUAUUGCCGCAGAUACGUAAGUCCUACUGGACAACAAUUUAUUUCAUGCAAAGAGGCCGCGUCAUUUUUGAAAUCCUAUUUUGGGGGUGUAGAUCAGCAAAAGGAUCAAAAGACUUGUAGCAUUCAGCAAACUUCUGUCUUGUCGUUUGAGAAGAAUGCGAUUCCUGUUGACAAGACGGAUGAUGUGGCGCAUGAUGUAGUAGCCGAUUCGGCUUUGGGAAGAAGUUCAUCCAAUGUACAUGAGAAUGAUGAUUGCUUGAUGGGCAUAGAAAACCUCCCUGAAGUUCAAGUUCAAGACAUCUUUGAGUGUUUCAAAUGCAACCUGACAUUUGAAGAGAAGAAUUUGUAUUUGCAGCAUCUCUUCUCAUUCCACCAGAAGACUACUAAAAGGUACAGAUUUGGGGUGCCUGUUGGAGAGGGUGUCAUAAUCAAAGAUGGGAAAUACGAAUGCCAGUUUUGUCACAAGGUUUUUCAGGAAAGGCGCAGUUAUAAUGGUCAUGUAGGAAUCCAUGUGAGGAACUCUGGUAAAAGUUCGAAUGAACUAUCUACUGCGGUCAAUGUCUUGAAAAAUGCUGAAUCUCCGUUUCAGGAGGCAGUGCCCCCAAGGUCAUCGAAAAUGGAUGCUUUAAUUGAAAUUGCUCAAAAUUCUAUUUUUGAAACUUCAACUAUUGGAACUGGUGAACAGGAAAUAACUGAUCACUCUGCUAAGGCAGUCUCCAGUGAUCAUGUAGCAAAUUUGAAUUCUAAUCCUGUUAAAAUUAAAGCAGAAGAUUCCAAUGCUGAGACAGCUGAAGACUUGAAUCAUGAUGGCCAGGUCAUGACUGAGAAUAAUGACAUGGUCAGGAACGAUUGCUCAUGGGAUGUGAGUGUUAAGAUGGACGCCAAUUGCAUAAAUGACUCAGAGCCUGCUCGGUCAAUUGAAACUGAGAAGCAUGGAAACAGUAGUUUGGAUAUGGACUAUGGAAGCAGAUGUUUGAAGCCAAGUGCUGGUCAUCUAGAAGAUACACCUGGGUUAACUGUUGGAGAGAUUGUUUUCCAGGUUGGAGGUUCAUCAGUGCCCUUGACUCAGUCAUUUCAGUUCUUCCCUCCCUUUGAUUCUGUGUCUAACAAGGGACAACAUGAAUUUUCCGUGGUUGAUCAGAAGCUUGAGAAUGUUACAGGGUUUGAAGAACUGAGGUUUGAUGAUAUAGAGCCCUUCAAGUAUGGUUUUGUGAAUGGACAAGAGUUGCCCUCUUUGCCAGGGGGCUCCAUGAAUUUGGGAAGUGACAAUGGGAUAGCUGAUGGAUUUAAUUCUUCAGUUAGAUACAGUUCGGAGGAAGUUAUGCUGAAUACGUUGGAGACAAAUCAGCUAACUGUGUGUGUGUGGUGCAGAUCAGAGUUCAAACUCGAGGGCAUUGAAUCAGAAACUCCAUCAGACUCUAUAGGCUACAUGUGUCCAACGUGCAAGGCCAAAAUAUCCGGGCACUUCAGUGGUGGUCUGUCGAUGGAUCCUCAUGAUUUCUGAUUGUUGUACAUUGUCACAUGCUGCUCUCAUGGGUCUGAUUCUUUUCAAACACAAAUUCCAUAUGCAUGGGCAGAGAUGCGGUAUAUCCUGUCCAAGACCUGACCGUCUCUUUAUAUAUGGUGUCCCUGAGAGUGAGAUCAUCCGGCAGAUGGUUUCUGUUGAUUUUUCUUAAACUAGGACCGAGCUACUCUAGAUACACGCUGCUAAUUAGUAUAUAUGUACGUCUUGUAAUAGUCCCCUCGCCUAUGACCUGAAGAUGAAGUGUCGUUCAUUUGGCCCUUGCCUUGCCUAGACUUGAAGUAGGAACCAUCUUUACCUUGUGUAUUUUUGUGUGUAUAUAUGUAUGUGUAUUUGUGUUGUUUUCUUUGGGUCUAGACUGAAGUUAAUACCUUUGAGUUCCUGUAAUGUAUAUAUCCAGAGUUGCAGUUUGUA